CUGGAAUUCUCUACAGCACAUGCGCUAGACCUCAAUGCAAGAUGAAAGGUUUGAAGGAGCAGGUGCGAGACUUGGAGUCUAGUAGAGUAAAGGACUUUGACCCGGAGGACGAUUCCGCUCGCCGCGCAGACGAAGACGACUCCGAGAUUGAGGAGCAGGCCAACGGUGAUACCGGUCGAGAACACUACGAGCCCGUCGGAAAGAGCAGCCUGAGAAAACCAGAGAGCCUUCCGCUUGAUGCCAAGUAUGGAGGUGUCGCAAUCAGUCGGAAAGCCCUAGAAGAUAAAGAGGAAGACAACCCAUUUGCGCCGGUGGAGGAGUCCGACGAGGAAGAUCCUUUUGCGGCGCGAAACGGAGAGACUAGAGCAGGAGAAGAGUCAUACAUCUCUGUCGAUGGGAACGCCCAAGAAGUAGAUGAAGACGAGGAGAUCGACAGCGACGAAGCAUUGGGCGAAAGCGAUGUUGAACGGUUCAAGGAUUUCACGUUUCGAGGCAGCAGAAAGAAUCGCAUUGAAGCACAAUCCCAGGAUGAUCUCUCAGACGAAGAAAAUGAGUCUACCGGGUCGGAAGAACAAUCUACAAGUGAUACUGAUGUCGACAUGGAUGACGAGGAGGAGGAAAGCAACGAUGGGUUCUCCAUCUCUUCUGCGGCCACACAACAAUCAGAACCUAGCAAUCUCCCAAGGAAUGCCGAUCGUAAAGAGUUGCAACAGGCCGCUUUCUCAACAGCUGGCCUGGCGUCUGCUUUGUCCGCAGGCGCCAAUGCCGACAUCAAGAAAGGUCGGGCUGUCAAACAACAACGCCAGAUAUUCGACCGCCUGCUCGACGCACGAAUCAAACUACAAAAGGGCGUGACAGCCAUGAACAGCCUAUCCGAAGCGGGUAUAUCAGAAGACGAAGUUAAACAAGCCGCCCAACAAGCCGAAGACGCAGCACUCGCUCUGUGGUCAACGAUCGACUCCAUCCGCUGCACGAUGCUUUCUACGCAGGACAUGCCCACGAUGGACUCGAAAACAUCACGAAAACGACCAUUUACCGCCACCCGCUUUACACCUCUCUCUGAACUCUGGCAGCAAACCAACGACCUCGAAUCCACCAUCAACCCUCUCCGCCGCAGCACACUGGACAAAUGGCACGCCAAAACCCAACCUGCCAUUGACACCGCGCCGCGCUCAAAACUCUUCAAACCAACACAGUCAUCCCGCUCCCGCCUCACCGACGUACUGGAUGCGUACCUCGCGACCGAAUCGUCCAAACUCACUACCUCAUCCACACCAGCACCGGGCAUUUUUGACGACGGACCAUUCUACCAAUCCCUCCUGCGCGACCUCAUCGCCUCACGCAACGCCAAUAGCGCGAACGCGACAAGCACCUCGGAACCGUUCCUCCCGACAAAACUACAUCAAAGCGGCAGUAAGAACAAGAAGGUCGACACGAAAGCUUCAAAGGGCCGGAAAGUGCGGUACACGGUGCAUGAAAAACUGGAAAACUUCAUGGCCCCAGAAGACAGAAGCACAUGGGAGGACGCGGCGAGACGGGAAUUCUUUGCGAGUCUGUUUGGGAACGUUGGAGCCCUGGACGAGGGUGCUGGGGAUGAGCAGGCGCAAAGCGACGACGAGGGAGCUGAAGUCGAGGCCUUGAGGCUGUUUAGGAGUUGAGGUUCAAAUACAAGAAUAGACGAAGGAAGGCCAAGACCGUUGACCGCUGGUUGGAAUAACGAUGAUGGACAUUUCUCAUUCUACCAUAAGAGCGCUACAUUCUCUUGUUCUGUGGUCCUGCAUUUUUCUUUUGGC